AUGGCCAUAAAACCAAACAGGAUACAUGGUGAAUACACUGGAAUACUCUCUAGAAGACUUCACUUUUUUGUAAAUGUUUAUGGAAUAAUCAAUGAGGAACAAGCAGGUUUUAAGGAAGGGAAUGAAAAGAAAAAAUGGGCUUCUAACAUUAAACAGCUACUAUAUACAAAUGGUUUUGGAUAUGUUUGGAAUAACCAGGCAGUUGAUGAUAAGAAAUUGUUCCUACAAAAGGUUGACAAAAAUAUGCUGUGGCAAGCACUAUUACUUUUUGGUGGAGCAAAGUGUCUGGUUCUAGACAAUCCAACUAUAACACCUGAUUUUAUUAACGCACUGGCUAACAGCAGCUUUGAAUUGACGUGUUAUACUCGUCAAAAUGCAUCGUUUACGCAAUGGGGUACUGUGAAAAGGCGAGACAAAUUUUCACUUUUGUAUUACUCUCGGGAGGGAUCAUGUACACCUGAUGGUUUCCUUGAAGAUAGUCAAUAUUUCGAAACGAGUUGUUACAGCAAUGGUACUUUUAAAGUUAAAAUAAAACAGGUUAAUAUCAGUUACCAUGGUCAAAGGUGGUAUUGUUCUUACGGUUAUGGAUCAAGUAACUUUGCAAACAUUACUGUUCGAGUUCCUGCAGACCACGUUACCAUUGAAAUUUCUUCAAACAAAAACAUUUACAUAACGGAAAAUGAAAUGCAAACUGUAAGUUGUAAUACAUCGGCAUGUUUUCCAAAACCGAGAGUUAAAUGGUACCUUAAAAAUCCUACUAACAAUUUGACAAAAGAUAUAACAGAUCAUUCGUCGCAAUCAUAUUUCUUUAGAAAAGACGGGUUAAUUUCAGCUGAAAGUAUUCUUCAAGUUCUUCUUAAUAGGACAGUUAACAGCUGGCAUCUGUAUUGCAAAGUAUGGACACGAGCGAAAUAUGCUGACAUUUCAAGCAGAGCAAUUUUACUAAAUGUGGCUUAUCCACCUGACGGUCCUCCAAUUAUAGUUGACAAUGAAAUCGGGAAGACAGUUCAGGUUAUCGAAGCAGAAUCAGUUAACUUAAACUGUACCAUUACCGGAGGCAACCCUUUAGCUAUCCUUAGAAUAAACUGUUUCAACAGUAGUUCAACUACAAUGAUUUCAACAGAAACGACGGUGUCUGUAUACAUUGUAUGGAAAGCAAUUCGUUAUCUAAAUAAAUGCAAAUGUGAGUCGGAUCAUAUCAUAGGUGGUACUCAAAUCACAACCGUCAGGUUUGAUGUCAGGUUUCCUCCAAGUAUUGUUUACUUCAGCAAAUUAGGAAUUAAAUCGAAAAGAGGAACGUUUGCUGUAGAACGAAAUGGGGAAGUGACUAUCGAGUGUUUGGCUGAGUCUAAUCCUUUACCAGACAUAAUGCUCACAAAUCAGAGAGAUGAACAAGUUGCAAUAGUAGAAAAUGCCACAUUUCUUCAAUAUUCCAUAUUUAAAGUGUCCUGCACUGAUGCCGGGGAAUAUAAAUGUUCAGCUAAAAAUGUGUUAACAACAGAACACGUAAUACUAUCCAAUCUGUUCAUCAUCGUUAAAUGUAAUAGUCUCUUAAUCCUUCAUCUCAAUUAACCAGAGUAUCUCAAUACAUAUAUAUGAUUAUUUGAAAAAUAAAUGGUAUGGUUAAUUAAUUUGUUAGAAAUGGCCGUUGUACUACCACUUGAUU